AUGGCUAUGUACUACAUCCAUUGUGCAUACCUUAGGACAAAGAAAAACAAGACUAUGGACAAUGCUUCGCCGGGCAAGGAUGGUCUCCAGAUCCCGAACGCCCUCGUGCCAUCAUUGGGCGCAUGCUCGAGCUGCAGCUCCCUCAAUAUGAGACUGGUCAUGAAGCAGAAUCGAGGAGGACUCCACGAGCGCGGCACAUCUGAGGGCAGGUACCGGUACGCCGAAGUCCGUGAACUCUGA